UUUUCUUUUUCCCGUAUAAACACUUUAUGCGAGAGAGAAGGGAGCAAUGGCGGCGGCGAAUCCCGCCGGAACGGUGUUCGCUGCCGCCGCUACCGUGGCUUCCUCCGCCGCCCUCCUCUCGUACGUCCUCAUGUCUAACCAUCGCUCAAAGUUCCUAUGGAAGAGAUCUCCCACAAACCCUCGAAGAAAUAGGAGAAGGAGCGGCCUCGUUGCCGCCGUCGGCGACACCCCGCUAAUCAGAAUCAACAGCCUCUCCGACGCCACGGGAUGCGAGAUUUUGGGGAAAGCCGAGUUCUUGAACCCUGGGGGGAGCGUCAAAGACCGUGUGGCCGUUAAAAUCAUUGAAGAGGCUCUGGAUUCUGGAGAGCUCGUCCAAGGAGGUGUAGUGACUGAGGGAAGCGCUGGAAGCACAGCUAUAAGCCUUGCUACAGUUGCUCCAGCAUUUGGAUGUAAAUGUCAUGUCGUAAUUCCGGAUGAUGUUGCCAUCGAGAAGUCUCAAAUACUUGAGGCCCUAGGAGCUACUGUAGAAAGAGUGAGACCAGUUUCGAUUACACACAGAGACCACUAUGUGAAUGUUGCAAGGAGGAGGGCCUUGGAGGCUACCAAGUUGGCAGCAAUACAAAGAGAAGCUAGUAAAAUAGAAGGCAACAGCUUAGUACACAUAAAUGGUCAUACACCACAGCAAGAAGCAUGUCAUCCCAUCUCCUCUACUGAUUGUAAAGGAGGUUUCUUUGCUGAUCAAUUUGAAAACUUGGCCAACUUUCGGGCCCAUUAUGAGUGGACUGGUCCUGAAAUAUGGGAACAAACUCGAGGGAAUCUGCAUGCCUUUGUUGCUGCAGCAGGUACAGGUGGAACUGUUGCUGGAAUUUCACGGUUUCUCAAGGAAAAGAAUCCAAAUAUUAAAUGCUUCCUUAUUGAUCCACCUGGAUCUGGUCUGUUCAACAAGGUCACAAGAGGAGUAAUGUACACAAGGGAGGAGGCAGAGGGCCGCAGACUGAAGAACCCUUUUGACACUAUCACAGAAGGAAUUGGAAUCAACAGGCUGACCAAGAAUUUUCUGAUGGCAGAGUUAGAUGGAGCUUACCGUGGCACAGAUGGGGAGGCUGUUGAAAUGUCCAGUUUUGAAGGGGGAUUGCAAGUUCUUGACCAACUGGAACACUCUAAUAACUAGAUAAGUUGCUAUAUCUCAUUUUAGAAAUAUCUAUAUUGAUGUUAAGAUGAAAUCAAUGCCACAAGCCCAACAAAUUCUUUCAGAUGUUCAUGGUUUACCUGAUUGCGUGAGGAAGCAUCAACGCUGUGGUUUCUUUAAAGAAAAAAGAGCCAAUCACUGAUUAAUUCUAUUUACUUUGAACAAAAGAACAUGCCAUAUUAGUAAGCUCCUUGUCUCUUUUCUUGUAAAUUUAACUAUCCUUGUAUCAUUCCUUGGCUCGCAUGUUAACUGUCAUCUUGUUGGAUUGACAUAUUGUGGUCAAGCACAUAGGUUAGAGGUUAAACUUGGUUUGCUUUACCUAGAUAUUGGUCCCCAUAAUAUAUGUAACAUUGUUGGCAAGGGGUUAACUUGUAUUCUCUUGUCAGUAGAAUGAAUACGGAACUUCAACAAGUUCACAAGAAAUGUGUGAUUUACUUGAUAGCCCGUGUUUCAAACUGCAACACCUAUUCUGAGUUUUGGAGUUAGCAGUGGCAAAUGGUCAUGUGGCCUUGGAUACAAGUCAAGUUGGAUACUGGUCACCUCAAAUAUUUCUGAACCAGAACCUGAUCCAUUUAUUAAACGGGUUAAAAAUUCAAAAUCAAACCUAUCCUAUUAACUAAAUAGGUAACCCUACUCGACCCACACUGCCUGUUUAAUAAAUAGUAGGGUCGGGGUAGGUUUGCAGUGACCUGUUUGAAUGUCCCAUCUUCUCUCCAAAAUUGUCUAUCACUUUAUGUUAGACCUUAACCUAAAUUCUGAUGAAAUUUGGGGAUUGAGAGUAAUGUAACUCGAGCCCUCUCUGUGAAAGGGGUGUUGUAGUAGUUUAGAAAAUUCUUAGACCAACAAGGACAUGUUGAACAUUGAGGUCACUAGAGCAGCUGAGGGAGGUAUCUUGGCAAC